GCUAUAAUGGAUACUGGCACACAGUACAAACCACCAUGGACAUUGGGGUCGCUGGUUGCUUCUUAUCGCCAAGCUCCUAUCUCGUAUCUUAUCUGCUAAACUUGGUCUCACCUUGCUUCCAGGGUCUGCCAUGUAGACAAGUAAACGAAGGAUCAGGAGAAAAGCGUCACCUUAAUAUUAUGUAUAGACUUAUAGAUGGGAUCUUGUUUUGCGCUCCUAAGGGGGAUGAGAGCAUAGACAUGAUCACAAGUGAUAUUUGGAUAUCCCUUCAGAUGUGACUCCCAAAUACUAUUUGAUCACUACCUACAGUGUAGGUUAUUUCGAGGCUCUGCUGGACGAUAAGCUGCAAACCAAGCCAAUCAGCGUGCCAAGCGUCCAAAUAUAGCGGUCGGUCCCUAGCCACUCAAAAAGAUUUGGAUUAGCGCUACUGUGUAAUUCCGUGUUGUAACACAGGAACCUACAAGUCGAGGCUCGAUCGUCCUGCACUGGAAAAGGGGAUUUGUUUCUUGUAUUGUUCGUUCUGUUUAUUCCCCGUGUCGGCUUUUUCCCUCGUUUGCCUUGCGCAAAAAAGACUGAUUAGUAUUGUAAUGUCUUAGAUCGAGAGAGAACGAGGAAAUCUCCAGUCUUUGUCCGCUUUUGCCGCCUACCGCUUCCCUUUGCAAUUGUUGGCACCCGUCGCGCGUGUUUGGCGAAUUCACCACUGCCUCUCGCGCCCCCCAUCUCGCAUGCUCCGAUCCAUUGCACUGCCCUUAGCACGACUGCCGUUCGAAUCGCUGUGCGGCACCGCUUCUUUUCCCGGCUCCCCCGACCGCCCGGCCCCGGGAAACCUGUCUCCUUCCGCAGUCUUCCGUCGACGCCCCUCCAAGUUUCUUUCGCGACCGCGACCUUUCAACGGCGCACAGUGUUUCUCACGACCUCGAUCAAACUGGCGCAAUUACAGCCUCCCCAUCUCUCCCCUUUGCACCCGGAGCCGACGCCGCCCCCGGAUAUCAAUCAGCAAAUCCCCUUUCAUCCUGACUGGAAGAUGGACGAAAGCGCGGCGACCGAAGGCCUGUCAUCGGGGCCACCACUGCCCUCAGCUCCUGAGCCCGAGGCGCGGCCUACUUCUCCGAGCCUGGCAGCGACGCACCCGGAUGCGCCUAGUACAGCCUCUGGCAGUACGCCCUUGAACCCGCUCCCGGGUAUCUCUACAUUCGCCCCUGGUACGGGCACCCCUCAGAUACAGCAGCCUAGGCCUGUUGCGAUCGCGCCUGCGAUGCCUCCUAGAACGUCGCCUGCGAGCACCCAUCCUGGCCCGGGUGGUAACUUGCCCACAUGCCAGAACUGCGGUACCUCGACCACGCCGCUAUGGAGACGUGACGAGCACGGCGCCGUCCUCUGCAAUGCCUGCGGUCUCUUUCUCAAACUGCAUGGCCGACCUCGGCCUAGCUCCCUCAAGACCGACGUUAUCAAGAGCCGCAAUCGCGUCAAGACUAUGCGCCCUGAUCUUGCAAAGCAGAAAAAGGCGCAACAAAACCAAGCUCCCCCCGCUGGCGCCGACGUGAACGGCGCUGACCUUGCCAAUGGGAAUGGCGCUCGCAGACCGUCGCAAAAAUCGACCAAUGGCCACAUGGACGACACAAACUCCCCCAUUUCACGCACCGGAACACCGAACAUGUACAACCCGCACAUGGCGCCAAUGUACGGAAAUCAAGAUGAACAGUUUCAGGCGCAACAGCUGUCCGGGUUUCAAGUCGCCAGCGGGCCUGGUGGCCAUGCUUCACCCCUGAAUGGCGAGCGCACAGAUAUGCCUCAGGGACAUGACGAGAAUUCGCAGCUGAGGACGCGUGUGAGCGAACUCGAGGUCAUUCAAGAAUUGUACCGUGGACGAAUCCAACAACUCGAACAAGAACAGCAACAGCUGCAAGCGCAAGCCCGACAGCAGCCAGAGAAUGGCGGCUCUGAUUCGGAUGCCCAGCUCCGCGCACAAAUGGAUGCUCUGACGGAUGCCCUCAACCAGGCUCGAAGCCAGAAUGAAACCUUGACCGCCCAACUCGAGGUCGCGACUGUUCAAGCCGAAACCCUCAGUGCUGCGCAUGCGCAGUUGCAAAACGAGCUGGAGGAAAGCCACCGCAGGGAAAACAUGCUUAAGCGGCGCCUAGAUGAACUCGAAGUUGAGCUCAAGGAAGCCAGGGAUUCCCGGGAUCACACAUUCGAGGACGGACGAGCUGCCAAGAAGCCAAGGGUAGAGGAACCAGAGCAACCGAUUGUCUUUGAACAACAGCAUGAUCAUCAGCAGGAAGAAACUCUUCCCCAACCCGUUUCCAUUCAAAUCGUUCCCAUUCCCGAACCGGUUGUCAACCCCGCGGCGGAGACUGCCCUUGAGACAGCCAACGAGACGUUACCAGAGUCAAUGGAGGAGGAUACAAAGAUCGAAGUGACCGCGUCAUAG